AAGUCUUGAAUCUGUGUUCCUCCAAGGUGGUCAUCUGACAGCUAACCACCAGAGCUCCACUCACCCGUCUUUUUAGAGGGACAGUGAGAGCACAUUCAGGCACAACUCUGAGCCUUUUUCAUCUUCUAAUUACAACACAGAAACAGAAAAUUCAAAGUGUCAUCUUUAAAAUACAAAUUGGACUUUGGAUGGUUCGUUUUUAGACAGAAUUUUGGACGACACAAUGGCUCAAAUGGAUGCAGAGUUUGAUUUGAAGAGCAGCAGCAUCAUCAGGGAAUGGAGCGGACAGGUUCGUCCUGCUCUGGUCGCCUCCUUCUUGUUCCUCUUCUGUCUGGAAGCCUGUCUGUGGGUCAGGAACCUCAGGCUCAAGAGACGACUGCCGGGACCCUUCGCCUGGCCCGUGGUGGGAAACGCCAUGCAGCUGGGUCAGAUGCCUCACAUCACCUUCGCCACGCUUGCCAAAAAGUACGGAGAUGUGUAUCAGAUACGUCUGGGCUGCAGCGAUGUGGUGGUUCUGAACGGCGACAGGGCCAUCCGCGAGGCCCUGGUACAGCACAGCACUGAGUUUGCAGGCAGACCCAACUUUGUGUCCUUUCAGUUUGUUUCAGGGGGGAAGAGCUUGACUUUCAGGAGUUACAGCAAACAGUGGAAGAUGCACAGGAAAAUAGCCCAAACAACAAUCAGAGCGUUCUCGUCUGCCAACAGUCAGAGCAAAAAGACGUUUGAGGAUCAAAUUGUGGCGGAGGCCAAAGAGCUGGUUGGUAUUUUCCUUAAACUGAGCGCUCAGGGCCAGUAUUUCAACCCUGGCCAUGAGUUGACUGUGGCUGCUGCUAAUGUGAUUUGUGCCUUGUGCUUUGGAAAGCGUUAUGGACACGAUGAUGCCGAGUUCAGAGCCAUGCUCCACCAGGUGGAUCAGUUCGGACAGACGAUAGGAGCUGGCAGUUUGGUCGACGUGAUGCCGUGGCUCCAGUCCUUCCCAAACCCAGUCAGGCGGAUCUUCAAGAGUUUUAAGUGUCUGAAUAAAAGUUUCUUCCAGUUUGUCAGGAACAAAGUGGAGGAGCACAGAGAGACCUUUGACCCAGAGGUCAUUAGGGAUAUGAGUGAUGCCCUUAUUAAUGUGUUAAGUGACAAAGAAAACAUCACCGAGCUGACAAACGACUACACGGAGGCAACGGUGUCAGACCUGAUUGGUGCAGGAUUGGACACCGUCUCCACGGCUCUUCACUGGAUUGUUCUCCUGCUGGCAAAACACCCCGACAUGCAAACCAGACUUCAGGAGCUUGUUGAUGGAGCGGUGGGCCGAAGCAGACUGCCAUCUGUCGAGGACAGACCACAGCUGCCUCACCUGGAUGCCUUCAUCUUUGAGACGAUGCGUUUCACAAGCUUCGUCCCCGUCACCAUCCCUCAUUCCACAACCUCUGACGUCACCAUCAGUGGUCUCAAAAUCCCCAAAGACACAGUCGUCUUCAUCAAUCAGUGGUCUGUCAACCACGACCCAUUAAGGUGGAAGGACCCGCACCUCUUCGACCCCUCACGCUUCCUGGAUGAAACUGGCUCGCUGGACAAAGACUUAGCAAACAAUGUCAUGAUCUUCUCAGCGGGGAAGAGGCGAUGCAUCGGAGAGAUGGUGGCAAAAGUGGAGAUAUUUUUGUUCUUUGCCAUUCUGCUCCACCAGUGCAGCUUUGAAAAAUGCCCGGAAGAGGACUUCUCUCUAAACUUUUCUUAUGGGUUGACUCUGAAGCCUUUAAAUUACAAGAUCACUGCCAAGCUGAGGGGAGAAUUACUCAAAAGUGAAUAAAAAUCCCCAUCCUGUAUUACAGCAGGUAUGUAAACGAGGGUUUCUACACCUGGGCGUUUUGAUCACCUUUUAUUUUUGACCCCCAGAAAUGUCACGUUUGUCAUUAUUAAAAUCAAAACAAAAACGUCUGUGUACAACAUGUAAACAUUUGUCAUGUAUCCUGUGUAAAACACCACUAACUGAGCUGUUUAUUGUUCUGUAAACACUUCUGUAAAACCUAAUUUAUGCUCAUCCCUUUGACUGAGUUCCAGAAAUGUGUUUAAAUGUUUUUUUUAUAUUUCAUUCAUCACAACUAAUAAUGUUUUGAAUGCACAAUAAACAUUAUAUACUCAUUUAAUUUAGUCACUUGGAUUUAGUGACCUCUCAGCAUCUGUGAUCUCAGUAGAAGUCAUAAUUAAAGUUCAUGCUUUGCUUCUUUUGUGGGUUACAGGUCCACAAUGAUCUAAAGCUAUGGCUGUGAAUAAUGUGAUGUGUCAUAAGGAUGAAUUUGAUCAAUUAUUAAAGAAAUGCAUGAUAAAAAAACAGUUGCACACUC